UAAUUUUAAAUACUGUUUAAAGUCCCAGCCGUUAAUUUAAAAUGUUUUAUUAAUUUACUUUAAAUAAGAGGUUAAAAAAAAAUGGAAAACGAAGAUACAAAGUCACGUACGAUUUGGUGUGGGAAUUUAAGUAAUCGUGUCAAUGACGAAAUUAUUUAUGAAUUAUUUUUACAGGCAGGCCCAAUAGAAGAAAUAUCUCUCCCGAAAGAUCGUGGAGUAAAUCGUGGAUAUGCUUUUAUUACAUAUAAACAUCAAUGUACUGUUAACUAUGCGAUACAAUUAUUUGAAGGAACAUCUCUUUACGAUCGGAAACUACGAAUUACACCACGAGGUGGUGGACCUAUGAAAAAAUCAGAACAAAUUUUAAUAAAUCCAUUCAUGAUGAACGGAUCUAUGAACCAAAAAUUAAAUCAACAGAUUUCAAAUAAUUCCCAAGAAGACUUUCCACGAUCAAAAGCAUCUGAAGAAGACUUCCCACGAUCAAAAGCGCCUGAAGAAGACUUUCCACGAUCGAGAGCUCCUCGAGAAGAUUUUUCACGGUCAAAACCACGAUCUCUUAUGGAAAUGCCAUUCGCAAUGUCUCCCAUACCACUAUCCGAAGCUAGUUUAAGAGGACAAUGGAGUCAUAGUUCACCGUAUCAACAAUCCCCACCAAAUAAUCGUAGACAUGAACCGAAUCGACGAUAUCAGGAUCGAUAUCAAUCGAGUUAUUACGAUCGUAAAAGGGAUGAUCGUAAUCGUAAACGGCGAAAAUAGUGUUUACUGGAAUUAGUUAGAAAAUGGAUGUUAAUAUAUUGCAAGACAAUUUAAGUGUGUGAUUUUGUGACAGAUUGUUCAAAGAACAUGUCAAUAAAAAAUUUAUUUUUAUAAUAGUUUAAA